AGGAUUACUACAGAGGUCUAAACAAUAAGCAGAUGAAACAAUUUCAUCUGAUUGCAAUUCUUAACUAGUCCUUAGGCGCAAGGGGAUCUUCUUAAAGAGAAUUAUCCGCAAAACAAGAAAAGUGACGGUAAGAAAAUUCAAACCCACAAUCAUGGAAAAGAUGAAAAAUCUUUUCAAAUCCUUAAUCACUUGCAUCAACUCGUAUGAGCUAGUGUAACAUUUUAACUGCCACUUGGCAUUGAAUAGUGCCCUCAAAGCCUUAUAAAUACGGCAUUCUCAAAGGCUCUCUUCAGUGGCAUACAUAACUUAACCUUCAUCUCAUUUCAUAAGAGAGCAAAGAGCUAAACAUGGCAAUUUCCCUUCGUAUGGUUGUGGCUGUUCUAGGGAAUGUUGCCUCAAUGUCUCUUUAUGCUGCACCAUCGGUUACCUUCAAAAGGGUCAUAAGGAAAAAAAGCACGGAGGAGUUUUCAUCAAUUCCAUACAUCAUAGCACUGCUGAAUAGCCUCCUCUACACUUGGUAUGGAUUGCCAAUCAUAAGCAACAAGUGGGAAAAUUUCCCUCUUGUCACAGUCAAUGGAGCUGGAAUUCCUUUUGAGCUAUCAUAUGUUCUAAUCUAUUUCUGGUUUUCUUCACCGAAAGGAAAGGUGAAGGUGGCCAUAACAACAGUGACAAUUCUUGCAGUGUUCUGUUUCAUUGCUUUUGUAUCAGCUUUCGCCAUCCCCGGUCAUCGUUACCGAAAGCUUCUCGUCGGUAGCAUCGGCUUGGCGGUCUCAAUAGCACUGUAUGCGUCCCCUUUGGUUGCAAUGAAGAAAGUGAUACAAACCAAGAGUGUGGAAUUCAUGCCAUUGCCUUUAUCUUUGAGCUCCUUGUUGGCCAGUUUGCUGUGGAUGACUUAUGGACUCCUCAUUGGGGAUAUUUUCGUUGCGGGACCAAAUGUGGUUGGAACUCCAUUGGGAAUACUCCAGAUCGUUCUUUACUGCAAAUACUGGAAGAAGAUAGUGACGGAAGAGCCUAACAAGGUGGAAUUGCAAAAGGGGAACACAGAGAAAGUGGACUUGGAAAUUGGGCAAGGAAAAAAAGAAUGUGUCACAGUUCCUAGUAACUGUAACUCGAGACCCAUGACAACCUAGGUUGAACGAUUUCAAUUGGUUUUUAUCGGAUUCUAAUGUCUAUGUUCUUUUCAUUUAUAAAAAAAUGGUAUGUAGUCAUAGGUAGUGAGCCAGUGGAUGUAUUUCACCACAUAAAUUCAAGUUGUAGUUGCUUAGUGCAUGCCCUGUGACAUGCUUUACUUUCGUAGGAACUGGUUUGUGCCACUUAGUUAUGUUAAUGAAUUUAAUCGCGUAUACUUCGAUUUAACAAA